AUGCCCGCCGUCUCCCAGAAGGCGCAGAAACGUCCCCUGACGUUCGAGGAGCAGCUUUUUGCAGCUGAUCAGGUAAGCAAUCGUUUUUUACAUUUUUUUGGAGUUUUAUUUUGAUUAUACGUCAUCCUUGAAUAUCAAUACAAUUAUUCAAAUUUUCAGACAAUCGUCAAAAAAACCAAGAUCGCCAAGACUGCAGCCAAGCCAGACCAGCCAACAGUCGGCUCUAAGCUGCCGAAGGCUGAAGGUAAGUAACCUUUUUUAUUCAUCAGAAAUUAUUUUUUCAAAAAUCCAAAAAAAUUUAUUUUCCGAUUUCUUGGUUUUAAAAAAUAAUUAAUUUCAGAAGUCUUUCAUGAUCCGACAACGGGGAGGAAAACUGGCCAUUGCGCCGGGCUUGGCAACCCCAGCACAACUUCAAGGCUGGAGAAAUCUAAAGUUGCCCUGAGGGAUCGCACUGUGCGGGAACUGGAGAUGAUCUUCAGUUCCAACAAGGAAGUAAGAGAAAGCCAAGAUCGGGUGUGGGAAGACGUCACUCGGCGAGAAUACGGGUCGAAAUUGGAGAAGAAGCCCGAAGAAUCGUGGUACCAAUACUUCAAGGUAAGUAAAAAAAAUUUCAUAACUUCCUAAAUUUUUUCAUAUUUUUUGAUGACUUAAAAGUAAUUUUUAAAUUAAAAAGUUUUUAAAUAUUAAUUUAAAUAUUUUGCAGCGUACCGAGAGUGCGGAGGAGGCCAAGUUAGCUGACUUGGCCGCUCGAAUCUCUGCCAAGCAACAACAAAAACAGGCUGAAGAAAAGAAGACUCUCAAGUGCUCGGAUGUCAGGCCAAUUGCAAGAAGAUCAUCGCAUCACUCAAGGACCGUUUCAAGGCCACAGGGAACCCUUGGGAGCAUCGAGAAAAGGCCAGUGACCAAGCCAGAGAAAAAGAAGGGACCGCCUCCAUUAAUGAAGAAGGCGAUAAAAAUGGCGAAAACUAUGAGAAGAUAG